AUGACAUUAGCGUCAGAUUUACCCGUGUGGCCUCCGAGCGAAUUGAAAGAUAGCAUUCGAAAUAAGCUUAUCAGUCAGGAUGCUCGCGACUUUGCAUUGAGUCAUGGCUUAGUGUACCGAGCCCUGCCAUCUAAGCCUAAUGGUGAACCGCUUCAAGACACCACAAUCCAUGCUCCCACGACUAUUGUACCUACUCCAUUUCCCCGCGACCUAUUCGAAAAAGCCCAAAGCUUACAACCGCUAUUCAAUAAAUUGUAUGCUCGUGUAGCAAUGGACGCAAAUUUUUUGAGGACUGUAAUGAAGGACUCGGUUAUCAAAGUGGAUGACUUCCAGCGUCGUUUGUUUGACAUCUGGCAUACUGUGCAAGAAGAAGGGGCUUCACAGCCGGUUCACCUUGGGCUAUUUCGGAGUGACUAUUUGAUGCAUGCAGAUAAUCGUAAUGAACUGGAACUCCGACAAGUUGAGUUCAACACAAUCGCUGCGUCGUUCGGUGGGCUCUGCACUUUUGCAUCCAACAUGCACCGACAUCUCCUUCGGAAUCAUGCAUAUUCUAACGCGGCACCUUGUUUACACAUGGAUAACUUGCCGAAAAAUGAAGCUAUCGACACUCUCGUUUCUGGUCUCGUGGAUGCUCACAAGUAUUAUGUAUCCGAAUGUACAAAUGAUUCACGUACAACGGCGCCGGUGAUUCUAUUUGUCGUUCAACCAAAAGAGAGAAAUGCUUUUGAUCAACGUGCUUUGGAGUACGAAAUCGAAGAUAAACACGACAUUAAUGUGAUGAGAAUGUCUCUUGAUGAUCUCCAGACCAAGGCCACAGUCCACGGGACAAAUCGCAAACUUUUUGUUCAAGCACCUUUGCAUUCAACGCCAGUAGAAGUUUCUGUGGUGUACUUUCGCAGUGGAUAUGGACCUGAUGAUUACACCUCAAAUGCUGCUUGGGACACGCGCCUUUUGCUGGAACGCAGUCAUGCGAUUAAGUGCCCUAAUGUAGCACUCCAGCUUGCUGGCUCGAAGAAGGUGCAACAGGUACUGUCAGAGUCAAACAUUUUGGAAAAAUACAUCGGUUCGGAUGCUCAUGAAAUUCGAUCUACCUUUUCGCAGCUUUGGCCGCUGGAUGACUCCAAGAUUGGUCGAGAAGCCCUGGCCAUAGCUCGGUCUACGCCAGAAAAGUUUGUGAUGAAACCGCAACGGGAAGGCGGAAGCCAUAACAUUUACAAACACGACAUUGUACCAGCCUUGGACGCAAUGAAGAAGCGAGAUGAAGAGCGUCAAGCGCGCGGUGAAGACGUUUCUGUUAAGGAACAUGAAGGGUACAUAUUGAUGAGCCUCAUUGAUACACCCAAGGACCGCGGUGCGAUGAUGCUCCGUGCUGGCUGUGGUGAAGAGGCACAGCUGAUGCCACAGACAGUAAGUGAACUUGGCAUAUAUGGCACGAUCUUGUUUGGGACGAAAGAACUCGAAGAACAACGCUCAGGUGGCUAUCUCUUGCGCACCAAGUCAAGCGAAAGCAAUGAGGGUGGUGUGGCUGUUGGUUUUAGCGUUAUUGAUACGCCACUGCUGGUAUAA